AUUAAUAAUGCAACAUUUAUUAGGUUUCAUUUGCUCUUGGAUCCCCGGUCAUCCACUGCGCCCCCUGCUGAUUGGAGCUGGAGCUGCAGUCGUGGCCGCUGGAGUUUUUCAUUUUGAGAAGAAACGACGUUUGGAUGAGAAGGUCAAGGUGUCCAAGCUGGAGGACAAAGUGAGAGAGUUGGAGGACCUGAUCUGUGAGACACAGAGAGAGUGUGAGAAAAAAACUGAGGACUUGCAGGCCACUCUGGAUGAAGCUGAGGACAAAUAUGAGAAGACGAUGAAGUCCAAAGUUGAGCUAGAGAAAGAGAACUCUGACUUGAUAUCCAACAAAAAUUUGCUGCAAGACACAGUGCAGGAGCACACGAAAAAACUUCAUGAUGUAUAUGAGAAGUGCACCGAGUUAACGAAGGAGUAUGAGCAGGAGAAGGAGGAACACGAAAUGUUGAAGUCAGAGUAUACUAAGGCGAAGGAAUCUAUAGAAGAGUGCCGCUAUCAAAUAGAAUGCUUCAAGUUGGUAGUGGCCCAUACUGAGAAGAAAUGUGAGGAGAUGACGAAGGUUACUACUGAGCUACAGAAGGAGAACUCCCACAUGGCAUUAGACAUUGCCGAACUGAAAAACAAAGUGGAGAAGAAAGACCAAGAACUCAGUAAAGCAAACACGAUGUACAACAUGGCAAAGUUGGAUUAUGAGCAGGAGAAGGAAGAUCACAACAUACUGCUGAGAGAGUACACAGAGUUAAUAAACACUUUAGCACAAAAUGAGGAGUCACUAAGGAGUUUGCAGGAUGCUCUGGCUAGAACUGAGGAGAACUGUAAGCUAAUGGAAGAGUCCACUGCUGAGUUAACGUCUACUGAAUUCUACCUGACAUCAGACUUGGACCAUCUGAAUGACUGGGUGAACAGGUUGAAGGACAAUCUCAGUAAAAUCGAGUGCCAGCAAAAUAAGAUAAUAGAGGAUCAUCAGAAAACAAAGGAGGAUUACAACCUCCUGAAGUCAAAGUAUGAGGUGCUAUUACUGCGGUACAAAGAGUUUCAGCAGGAGAAGGAGAAGGAGAAGGAGCGUCACAAUAUCCUGAAUACUCAGUACAAUCAGAUGAAGGAGACCUUUCCGUUAAAGAUGCAGGUGUCUGAACUGAUGUGCCAGGUGACCAUACUGCAAGGCUCAGUACAGCAGCUGGAGGAACAGCUCUGUGAUACACGCAGGAAAUGCAGCGAGAUGAAGGCGAAGAGAGAAGAAGAAAAGAAGGCUCACAAUUUACUGCAGCUGAAGUACCAAGAGAAGAAGGAAGCAUUAGGAAAUUGCAGGAUGUUAAUCACGAGACAACUCAGACCUGCACCUGAGGACCGAAUGGAUCCAUAAACCCCAAAUAGUUUAACACCUGAUGUACUACUUACUAUAACCCCAUAUAAUUGUCUUUAAGGUUUCUUGUGAAGUUUAGUGGUUGUAUGUGUGAGCUCCUUGAUGCUGAACCCUUAAUAAUUGUUGCAUCAUUUUCAGAAAUAAUGUUAUGUGUUUCAGUUGAGCACUACUAGCUCAGUUGUUAAACUGAGAUAAAAUUUAAGUUGCUCUUGAUAAGGGUGUCGGCCAAAUGCCAGAAAUGUAAAUGUAGUACCUUCUGGCCUGUUAUUGCUGUUAGGUGCAGCUUUGUUAGGGGAAAAUGGAGGAGAUCACCACUGCAAUCCUAUAGAACUGGCCAAAUGGCUGGAUCAAUUGGUGAAAUUGGUCAGGGAGCAAUAAAUUGAUGUGUAUGUAGUGUAUUAACAUUAAGGAGUUAUGAUUGUGAAUGAAAGGGAGGGAAGUGGAACAGUAAGAUUACAGGGUGAAGAGAUGAAGAAGGUACAGGAGUUUAAGUACUUGGGGUCAACAGUCCAGAGUAAUGGAGAGUGUGGGAAAGAGGUAAAAAAGCGCGUACAGGCAGGUUGGAAUGGAUGGAGAAAGGUGGUUUUGUGAUAGAAAAAUAUCAGUGAGAAUUAAAGGGGAAGGUGUACAAGACAGUGGUGAGAUGCUGUAUGGUUUAGAGACAGUGUCACUGAGGAAGAGACAGGAGACAGAGCUGGAGGUAGCAGGGUUGAAGAUGUUGAGGUUCUCUUUGGAAGUGACAAGGUUGGACAGGAUUAGGAAUGAGUACAUCAGAAGGACAGCUCAUGUUGGACAUUUGGGGGACAAAGUUUGAGGAGGGAGAGUGAGUACAGUGAGGGAAAUAAUUAUUUGAUCCCCUGCUGAUUUUGUACGUUUACUCACUGACAAAGAAAUGAUCAGUCUGUAAUUUUAAUGGUAGGUUUAUCUGAACAGUGAGAGGCAGAAUAACAACAAAAACAUCCAGAAAAACGCAUUUCAGAAAAAUUAUACAUUGAUUUUCAUUUUAUUGAGUGAAAU